GAAGAGUUAGUUAGUUAGUUAGUUAGUUAGUCAUUUUACUUUCUUUCUGCACUUAUAUAAACAGAGUUUCAUUUUGUAAUCAUUCAAUUCAGUCAAUACAAGUCUCAGUUUCAAGUUUUCUCUCUUGUCUCGAGUUCAUGAUAUUGAUUUCAUCUGAAACUUAACAUGGUAUCAGAUUGAAAAUACUCUUGCUUCCGCAAUCCUUGUAUCAGAUUUCAUCUCAAAUUUCACUUCCUGAUAUGAUUACAAACAUCUUCAUCCCGAAAUCUUUGUAAUCUCUAAAUCAUAAUUUUCUUGCAUUUCUUGGAAAUUUCCAAGAAUGAAUUCUGAUGAUGAUGUAUCUGUUCAUUCUUCUCAUCUUCGUCAAAAUCCUUCGGAUGAUUCCUCUAGUCCAUAUUACUUGCAUCCAAGUGAUAAUCCUGGUGCAUUGCUGGUUUCAGAAAUAUUUGUUGGCAAUAAUUACAUUGCCUGGAGUCGAGCUAUCAUCAUUGCCUUAACUGUCAAGAACAAAGCUGCGUUUAUUGAUGGAUCAAUCCUUGCUCCUCCUGCUGAUCAACGUGUUCUCCACACUGCUUGGCUUAGAGCCAAUAAUCUGGUACUUUCUUGGCUUAUGAACUCCAUAUCGAAAGAAAUCAGAAGUAGUCUUCUUUAUGUUGCUUCUGCUGUCGAUUUAUGGAAUGAAUUGAAAACCAGAUAUUUGAGAAGUGAUGGUCCUAGAGUUUUUCAUCUUGAAAAAUCUCUCAGUUCCAUCACUCAAGGCUCUUUAACAAUUACGGAGUACUUCAGUUCAUUUAAGACACUUUGGGAUGAAUAUCUCAACUACAGACCCUUUCCUACUUGUAGCUGUGGAAAGAUGGCUUCAUGCACCUGCAACCUAUUUGAUUUUCUUCUUAUGAGACAACAGUCUGAUUAUGUUUUAAAGUUUUUAGUUGGUCUCAAUGACUCUUAUGCCUCAAUAAGGAGUCAAUUACUUCUCUGUUCUCCAUUGCCAAGCAUGGCAAAGGUAUUUUCUUUGCUGAUUCAAGAAGAAAGUCAGAGAGAGUUGAAUAAUUCUGUUGAUCAUGAAACUCAUGCUCUGUUGGUCAAACAAGUUAAUCACCAGCCUAAGUUCUUGAAAGAAAAGUCAAAGAGGUCCUCUCUAUACUGUACUCACUAUGGGUACAAUGGACACACUGUGGAGAAGUGUUUCCAGUUGCAUGGAUACCCCCCUGGUUGGACUGGACCCAAAGGCAAGCGAUAUUCACCUACUGUAAAUGCAGCUAUCUCAAAUGAAGAGGUCUAUAUUACCAACAGCAAUGAGAACCAAAAGUUUUCUUUAACUCAUGAGGAAUUUACCAAGCUUUUAGCACUUGCUAAUUCAAAUCCUUCACUGCCUCAAACAAACCUCACACCAGCUGUGAAUCUUGCCACUUCUCAUUUCUCUGGACCAAUCAGCAAAGAGGAUGAUUGGGAUUGCUCAUGAAAAACAUGGACUUUACCACUUCAAACAA